AUGGCCGCUCGCCCGCAGCCCUGCGCCGCGGUGUCACCACCCCGGAUCCUGCUCCUGCUCCUGCUCCUGCUGCUGGCACCGGGUCCCACCACCCCGUGCUCCCCCCAACCCAACGCCACCCGUUUCGUCUGCACCGAGCCCACCCUCAGCACCUUCCCCACGGGGCUGCCCCCCACCACCCUGGCCAUCUCGGUGGAGUUCACGGCGGUGACCACCCUCCUCCCCACCGCCCUGGAAGGGCUCCCCUUGCUCGAGGAGCUCCACCUCUCCUCCAACCGCCUCGCCACCCUCCCCGAGCCCCUCCUGCACCCCGUGCCCACCCUGCGUGUCCUCGACCUGACGGACAACCUCCUGGCAGACCUCCCCCAUGGCAUCUUCAACGCCACCACCCACCUCCAGCACUUGGUGCUGCGGGGGAACCGGCUGCGGGCGCUGCUGCCCGCCUGGUUCCAGCAUCUUCCCCAGCUUCAGUGGCUCGACCUGGCUGCCAACGCCUUGGUGGAGGUGCCACCUGGGGUCUUCCACCCCUUGAGCUCCCUCCGUAGCCUGGAUUUGUCCCACAACAAGUUGGCAACCCUGGCACCGGAGGCGCUGACCGGGUUGGGGGCACUGGAGCGGCUUGACCUGGAGGGGAACCAUCUGGGCACGUUGGCACCCACCACCUUCGCGCCCGUGCCCGCCCUGCGCCUCCUCUUCCUCCAGGAUAACGAGCUGCAGGCGCUGCCCACCGACAUCUUCCUCCCCCUGCGCCAUCUCCUUGUCCUCGACCUGGCGGGCAACCGGCUGCGGGGGCUGGAGCUGCCCCCCGUCCCCAGGUUGGACCUCGACAUCUCGGGGAACCCCUGGGCCUGCGAGUGCCAGCUCCUGGUGCUGCUGCGACGGAUGUCCCCACAGCUCACUGCCACCCAGGACACCCUCUGUGCCAGCCCCCCGCACCGCCGGGGACAGGAGGUGGCCGCCGUCAGCCGGGCUGGGGACACGGGCUGUGAGCCCAAGGGGGACAGGCAGCGCCUGGUGGAUCCCUAGACAAGGGGUUUGGUGUCACCUCGGGUGGCCGGGGAUGUCACCUCCCUCCCUGCCUCUCUGUCCCCAGCUGAGACGAGCUCUCCUGGGGAAACUGAGGCAGGGAGACAGGAGUGUGGCCAUCCCCAGCCCAAAGGCCACCAUCCCCAUCCCAUGAUGCCCAUC